AUGAAAAGGAUUUUCAUUAUUUCCAACCCUGCAACUGGUCAACUCAACCCGGUUUUGCCGGUGGUAGAAGAGCUUGUUGCCCGCGGAAACCAGGUUGUGCUGUUAUCCGCCACGAGCGCGUUUGGAAAAAUACAAAAAAUGCAAGCGCGGCUCGAUAUCGUUCCACAGGCAGAGCCCACUCCUUCAGAAAAGACAUUGGCAAAUCUGCCGCUUGUUUUUUACUGCUUAGGCGACGGUAAGAGCCUUGCCGAUUACACGAGUGAGGCUUUCAAAGACCCCGAACGCUUCCACAGGGUGGGUAGAUCGAAACCCGGCGAGAUUUGGGGCUGGCUCCAAGCCUUUACGGAGCUGGUUCCACCAAGCUCAGAAGACUACAACGCACUUGUUUUUAGAAUCCGUGAUCUUAUCGGAGAGCAUAACCCUGACAUGAUCAUCACCGACAACUUCAGUCCUUUUGCUGUCGACGGUGUGCGCCUCAGCAAGCGGCGGUUUAUUGCGACAUCCCCCGGAGCUGCGUCCGCAGUUGCCAGUAAUAUUAGCAUUUGGAAAACACCGAUGCCGAUGAGUGGAGCGCGCACCAACGCUUCGGGUCUCUUUACUAUCAUGGCCAACUUGUACUUUGCUGUUCUCUGGCUCAAAUUUGCACUUUUUCAUGCAUGGCCUAAGGAGCGUCGGCGGUUUCGCCACGAAGUGCUGGGACUUGAACCGCUUGACAUUAUUUGCGACUCGGUCAUGACGCCCACACCCGGUAUGCUUCCCGCGCAAGUGGCUACGAUUUCCUUUAAUGUGGCGAACAUGGACUUUUAUCCCCCUUCUGCAUACGACAAAAGCGUAUAUUUUGUUGGGCCUUCGUACAGCCGCAAAACUGAUACACAGAGCAUCACUGUACGCAAGAACAGCAUGUGCACCAACACCCCUGUUUCUGCAAAGUGUAGUCCGUUUCUCUCGCCAAGCUCCGUUGCGUCGACGCCGACGGUUGCGGACCUCUCCUUGGAAAAGGAGAUGUUGCAGUUGCACUCCCUCACAGAUUCCGCAGACCCCAUCAAGGCAUGGCUGGACAAGGCUUACUGUGACAACAAACGUGUCUUGUACAUCAAUAUGGGGAGCAUUUUUUAUUACACGCGCAAAGACCACGACAACAUAGUCGAAGCCAUGAAGCUUUUGCACGACAGGUUCCCCAGUGUGUUGGUCUUGUGGAAGAUUCCAAAUUUGCCGUACGACUCGCAACCUCUUCCAUCGACUGAUGAAGCGCAGCUCCCUUUAUAUAUUCGACGCGAAGAAUGGCUGCAAAGUGUCGAGACAGUCCUCGAGCACCCUGCGCUCGCUGUUUGCAUGCACCAUGGCGGAGGCAACUCUUAUAAUGAGGCGGUCUACUUCGGUGUGCCUCAAUUUUGUGUCUCGCAGUGGGUCGAUACACAUGACAUUGCGUCGUAUAUCCAGCACUCGGGCGUCGGUCUGUGGGCAGACAAAUCGCCCAUGUUUGACCCUGAGGAUAUGUGUGAGAAGCUGGUGAGACUUUUGGAAGACAAAGAUGACGUAUUCCGCAACGCAACCUUGUCUUGGCGACUCCGUGCCAUGCAGGCUGGCGGUGCAAGUGCCGCUGCAAACAUUGUUGAGGCUUACAUGGACAUGUACAGCGAACGCCGGAAUGAGCCUGUGGCUUUGUAA